AUGUCUUCGAAUUCGCAGUAUAAAUACGACGAGAUGUCGAAUAAGGUUCUCCGUGCGAAUCGGAGACUUAUGGACGACAAGGCUGACGAGUCGGUAUCGACCAACCCGCAGAGCGUGGUUGGAAAAAUUAGCAUGAAGGAUAUGGGAAGUAGAGUGGAAAGAGAAACACAAGAGAUUGUUCCGAAAAAGACCCGAUCUCAAAAGAAAAUCAGCCGUUCAGGCGGUACAAUUUUGAACACCGCGGUUGAAGAGCUCAAUUACGUUCCUACAACACAAAAAUCGCAGCAAGCAUAUGAGGAUAUUCUUGUAUGGUGCUCCAACCAGCUUGGGAGCGACGUUCCAGGAGAUAUUAUCCAGUCGAUGGCCGAUCUUGUUAUAGAGGUUCUGAUGGACGAGAAGACCACGGAUUUGCGUCGUAAGGCCGUUCUGGAGGAAACCAUGGCCAAAAGUCUUGCAGACGAAGAGUUUCAAGAGGUUUUGGAUCUGAGCAAGCAGAUUGACGACUGGAAGCGCGAAGACGAGGGCGAAGAGGGCGAUGCGGUUGUGGAUGAGGAGGAAGGUGAAGAUGAGGAAGAUGAGGAGGAAGAGGAAGAAGAAGAAGAAGAAGAAGAGCCAUUGGACCCAGCUGACAUUCAGGACGACAUUAUCACUCUCACUACCGGACAAUCAUUUAAAGAUGAGAAUUUUGAUAUCAAGCUCAUUGACAAGUUCUGGCUUGCUAGACAGCUCUCGCAAGAAUUCAAAGAUCUCGAUUCUUACAGACACACCGAGCUUUCUGAGACCAUCAACGCUCUUUUAUCGCAACUCGCCAACCAAGAAUUGACGCUCCGCAAGUUUGAAACAAAACUGAUCGAAUUGUUCAACUAUGACUCGAACCCUAUCGUCAACACUCUCACAAGGCAUCCGCUAGAGAUUUACUACGGAAUCAAGCUUUCGCAGGCCUCUGAAAACGAAAAGGCCGACAUAUUUAGCACAAUGUCUUCCCUUGGCCUGGAGGAGGCUGUGAAUUCCUACAAGGGAAUACGAAAGUCAGAGGACGAUCCAUUGCCUUCCAAAAAACAACGUAUAAGCGAAUCUGAAAGCAAAGUUGUCACUCCUCAAACCCCAAGAUAUGUUGAUAUCGAGAGUCUGGUUUUUGAACAAGGAGCACAUUUAAUGACCAACACACAGUUCCAACUUCCCCAAGGGUCUUUUAAGCGCGCAAGAAAAAGCUGGGAAGAAAUCCAUAUACCUCCACCAAAACAGCCCAAGUUUGAGGCUGACGAGAAACUUGUUCCAAUCAGUGAGCUUCCUGAUUGGGCACAGACAGUCUUUCCUUCGAGCGAAACCAAGACUUUGAACAGGGUGCAGUCGAAGGUAUACCCUGUGGCUUUCAAGGGUGACUCUAAUAUUCUAAUGUGUGCUCCUACUGGAGCAGGAAAAACCAACGUUGCCAUGUUGACCGUUCUUCGGACUCUCUCGAAAUAUAUGGACUCUGACGGGACCAUCAGAUUGAACGAUUUCAAGAUUGUUUACAUUGCACCUCUCAAGGCUUUGGUUCAGGAACAGGUGAGAGAGUUCCAAAGAAGAUUGAACCAGUUCAAUAUCACUGUGAACGAGCUUACAGGAGACUCCAACCUUACAAAACACCAGAUUGCUACCACCCAAAUUCUGGUUACCACUCCCGAGAAAUGGGACGUUAUCACACGUAAAAUGGACGACGCUUCGUAUGUUCGUCUGGUCAAGUUGAUCAUUCUUGACGAGGUUCAUUUACUGCACGAUGAGAGAGGUCCUGUUCUGGAGAGCAUUGUUGCUCGUACUUUGAAAGAUUCAGACGAUAAUAACGAAGAUCCCGCCAGAUUGGUUGGAUUGUCUGCUACACUUCCAAAUUACGUGGAUGUGGCUAGGUUCCUUAAAGUUGAGGAAAAAGGAUUGUUCUAUUUCGAUGCUACCUACCGACCAUGUCCUCUGGCCCAGCAGUUUGUUGGUAUCACCGAGAAAAAGUCUUUGAAGAGGUUUCAAGCAAUGUACGAAGUUUGCUACGACAAAGUUGUGGAGAACGUCACCAACGGCCAUCAGGUGAUCAUCUUUGUGCAUUCCAGAAAAGAAACAGAAAAGACUGCGAAAUGGAUGGUUGACAAGUUGAUUGAAACUGAACAAGCUGCUAAUCUUAUCAAAUUUACGCCUGGUGUUCAGGAGAUUUUGCGGACUGAAGCCAACGACGCAAAGAGCGAAGGCUUGAAAAGUGUCCUCCCCAUGGGAUUUGGAAUUCACCAUGCCGGAAUGAACAGAAAGGACAGAUCGACAGCAGAAGAUUUGUUUGCUCAAGGAUAUCUGAAAGUUCUGGUUUCUACGGCCACCUUGGCAUGGGGUGUUAAUCUCCCAGCACACACAGUUAUUAUCAAAGGUACCAAUGUCUACUCUCCACAGAAAGGUACUUGGGUUGAACUCUCUCCACAAGACAUUCUUCAGAUGCUGGGAAGAGCCGGAAGACCCAGAUACGAUACCCACGGUGAAGGAAUCAUCAUCACUAAUCAAGAUGAGGUGAAAUAUUACCUUGCAAUUUUGAAUCAGCAGCUUCCAAUUGAGUCCCAACUGAUCUCCAAGCUGGUUGACAAUCUCAAUGCAGAGAUAGUUUUGGGAUCUGUCCAGAAUUUGCAAGAUUGUAUCAAUUGGAUUGGGUACACUUACUUGUACGUCAGAAUGAUGCAUUCACGCAGCCUUUAUCACGUUGGAGAAGAGUACGAGAAAGAUUUGCAACUCGUCGAGCGCAGACGGGACUUAUCGUAUUCCGCUCUACUUCUUCUCAGAAAGAACGGGUUGAUUAAGUACGAUUACGAGAAGGACUUGAUCGUUCCGACCAACAUGGGCAAAAUCGCAUCUCACUACUACAUCAGUUACAGAAGUAUGCGCAACUACGCCAAGCAGAUGAAUCCCGACAUGACUGAGAUUGAUAUAUUUAGAGUCUUUGCAAGCAGUGAAGAGUUCAAGUACAUUCCUGUUAGACAGGAAGAAAAGAUGGAGAUCAAGAAGCUAAUGGAAAGAGCGCCUAUUCCUGUGAGCGAGUCGAAUGAGGACCCGCUUGCGAAAAUCAGCAUUCUUCUCCAAGCAUACAUUUCGCAGCUUGGACUCGACGGUUUUGCAUUGAUGGCCGAUAUGGUGUAUGUCGUUCAAUCUGCAGGUAGAUUGUUCCGUGCUAUGUUGGAAAUGGCUUUGAAGAAAGGCUGGCCUCGACUUUCUGUUAUGCUUAUUGAUCUGUGCAAGAUCAUUGAGAAACGACUAUGGUUAACCAACUCGUCUUUCAGGCAGUUCCCUGACGUUCCAUUUGAGAUCAUUCAGACAACAGAACGGUCUAUGACUCCAUGGAAGUAUUAUCUCCAGCUGUCUGAUGAAUUUGAAGUUGCGCAGGCCUUGAAAUCCGAACGUCUUGGACGUGUUGGGUUUGAGCUGCUGAAAAAAUUCCCUAAAAUCCAAAUGACAUGCCAAGCUCAACCAAUCACUCCCUCUCUUCUACGCGUUGAGGCCGAGAUCACACCCUCAUGGAAAUGGGACCACCAGGUCCAUGGAUGGAGCGAGCUGUUCAUUCUCUUAGUCGAGGACUGCGAUUCCGAGAAGGUUCUGUACACAACUAACGUUGUUGUUCAGAGCCAGUACAUUGAUCAGCCGCACAUUGUUGACUUUACUGUUCCGUUGAUGGACUCUGGUCAGCCCAACUAUUUUGUCACUCUAAUCAGCAACAAAUGGUUGCACUGUGAAACCAGAGUUCCUAUCCUGUUGACUUCUCUGAAACCACCAAAGAAGUUCCCGGCUCCUACUCCUCUUUUAGACUUUGAUCUUAUUCCAACCACUGAGGUUGGUGAGUUUUCCAAGGUGUUUGAGUUUGAUCACUUUAACAAAUUCCAGUCGCAGGUUUUCGAUUCCAUCUUCAACAACGAAGCAAGCGUUUUGUGUUUCUGUUCGAAGGGAAGCGGCAAAACUGCUGUUGCAGAGUUGGCUUUGUUGAACCACUGGAAGGAGGAAAAGGGCCGAGCUGUUUAUCUUGCUCCAGAACAGCAACAGAUCGACCGGCUCUUCAAACGCUGGAAAACGCUCCUUGGACCACUAUUUGGUGGAAAGGAGAUCAAUAAGCUUACUGGAGAAUUGAGUACUGACCUGAAACUUCUUGGUGGUUCACAUUUGAUUCUCGCUACGCCAGAGCAGUUUGAUCUCGUUUCCCGUCGUUGGCAGCAAAGAAAGAAUGUUCAAUCGAUAGAACUGGUGAUCGCUGACGACUUCCACGCAAUUGGAGUUGAUGCAGUUUAUGAGCUGGUUCUCAGUCGCUUGCGGUUCAUCGCUGUUAACUUGGAAAAAGACAUCAGAUUGGUUAGUUUGGGAUCUUCUUUGGCCAACCCUAGAGACAUUGCAGAAUGGCUGGGUGUUCCGAAACAGCACAUUUUCAACUUUGACUCGAAGGAAAGAGAAUAUCCGUUGGAAGUGAAGUUUCAGCAGUUUGAGACCGCGCACCAUCCGUCGAUGAUUUUGGCCAUGAUUCGUCCAACUUUCAAUGCUAUCAGGGACAACGACAAGGACAGAAAUCUGGUGUUUGUUCCGACCAGGAACCAUUGUGUUGACAUUUCGCAAGAAUUUAUUAGACUUCUGGUGAAGGACGAUUCGAAUUGGCUCAGAACCGAUCUGAAAGCGAUCGAAAAACAUCUGGAGAGAGUGCAGGAUGGUUCGUUAAAAGAAGCUUUGAAGUAUGGUAUUGGGUUCUACUACAACGGUAUGUCUCUUGGAGAUCGGAAUUUGGUCGAAAAACUCUACUCUGCAGGAGCCUUGACUUGUCUAUUGGCAACGAAAGAGACCUGUUCUUGGGCUCCAUCUGCCGAGUUUGUUGCGGUGAUGAGCACUCAAAUCUAUGAAGGAAAAGAACACCGGUAUGUCGAUUACACCAUUAUUGAAAUAUUGGAGAUGGUUGGACUUUCCAGAUCCGAGAAAGCAAAGGCAUUCAUUUUAACCAACGAGGAGAAAAUUACCUUUUACAAGAAGUUCCUUGCCGAGUCUUUGCCAAUCGAAAGUAGUCUCAGUUACUAUCUCCAUGAUGCAUUCGUGAAUGAGAUUAGUACUCGACUGAUUAGAAACAGGCAGGACUGUGUUGACUGGAUUACUUACACCUAUUUCUACAGGCGGUUGCAAAACAAUCCAAGUUUUUAUGGAUUGAAGGAUACCAGUGAGGACAGUAUUUCUGAGUAUCUGUCUGAACUAAUUGAAAACACGUUGAACGAUCUGGUGGAAGGAAAAAUAAUUGAACUUGAAAUUGAUGACGAAGAAGAAGAUGAUGAGGCUGAGGAAGAGGAAUUGGGCGACGAGAUCAAACCGCUCAACGGAUGUAUGAUUUCUGCCUACUACAACAUCUCGUUCGUCACGAUGCAGACAUUUGCGCUCUCGCUCACUAAUAAGACCAAUCUCCGAGGACUACUUGAGAUUGUUGCGUCUGCACACGAGUUUGAAGAUAUUCCGAUUCGGAACCACGAAGACGAUAUUCUGAAGAAGCUGUACAACAGGAUUCCGCUCAGGAGCACGAGCAUUUCGAAUUUUGAGUCGCCAGCGUUCAAAGUGUUCAUUUUGAUUCAGGCCCACCUCUCCAGAGUCAAUCUACCACCAGAUCUUACAAGCGACACGAACACCAUUCUGUCCAAGGUUGUCAACUUGCUUUACGCGGCAAUUGACGUUCUAUCAAGUGAAGGAUACCUGAACGCUCUCUCUGCGAUGGAUCUUACCCAGAUGGUGGUUCAAGCCGUGUGGGCCAACGACAACUCAGUGAAACAAGUUCCAUACUUCACCGACGAAAUUCUGAAAGAGUGCGAGGAAAAGAAGAUCGAAACGGUUUACGAUAUCAUGGCUUUGGAGGACGAUGACAGAGACGAGUUGCUAAGAACGCUGAACGAACGUCAGCUGGGAAAGGUGGCAGAGUUUGUGAACAAGUAUCCAAACCUGGAGCUCUCGUACGAGUUGGACCUUGAGGAACCAAUCAGGGCUAAUGAGCCAAAGGAUAUUGUGAUCAACAUCGAAAGAGACGAGGAAUUGGAAGAUAUCGAUGCGGUUUGUCCUCGAUUCCCUGGCAAAAAAGCCGAAAACUGGUGGAUCGUUAUUGGAGAUCAGAAGAAGAGAGAGCUCUACUCCAUCAAGAAACUCACCAUCAGCGAGCAAUCGCAACAGGUCAAGAUGUCGUUUACAAUUCCCGAAUCCGGAGAGUACAAACUUGGUGUUUGGUGUGUUUGUGAUUCGUAUUUAGACACAGACAAGCAGAUCGAAAUUGGUGUGAAGGUGGAAUAA